CGUUCAAUAUUCUCAAUGUCGCUCUCGGACACGUCUGGCUGCACUGAAAAUGAUGCCUACGAGUGGUGGAAAGCUCAGAGAGUAUGAGCUGCUGACCUUGUGAUUUGUGAAUUGUAUAUAUUCUGCACACUCGACAGCCUCACCUUCACUUUCUCAUCUCCAACCUGCCUCCUUUCGUUCCAUCGCACACACACAGCAUGCCAUCUCUUGAGAUCAGGGCAAACGUUAAGCUCGAUGACCCGAAGAAGUUCAUCGAGGAGUUCUCCACUUUCGCAGCGGAGACACUGACGAGGCCGUUGCACUGCAUCGUCGUAAGUUACACGUACAAUGAGCACAUGGCGUGGGACGGGAAGUUCGAUCCGUGCUUUCUCCUGGAUGUCCUGAUCUUGGACAGUAUCAAAGUCCCGGAAGACGUGAACGAGCAAUACAGCAAGGCCUUCUUCCAAUUUAUCGAUCCCUGA